AUGAAGAACAAAGAGGAAGGCCAUCAUCAAGUGGAGAAAAAGAUAGUAGAAAAUGGUGAUGUUGAAGGUGGUGGUGGUGCAAGUUCAUCAUCAUCAUCAGCUUCAUUAUCUGAAGAACUCAACUUAAAAAAUCUUUCAAAGCUAAUUGUCCCACCAUUGGGUGCCUCUGCUAAUAUCAACACCUUCAAUAAUCCCAAUGCAAUAAUUAUAUCUCCAAUGGACUCAAGAUACAGGUGUUGGGAGACCUUAAUGGUAAUGUUGGUGGCAUACUCAGUGUGGAUUUGCCCUUACGAGAUAUCGUUUUUGGACUCGAAUCCGAAUACACCACUUUACGUUGCCGACAAUAUUGUGGACAUCUUUUUUGGAGUUGAUAUUAUCCUCACAUUUUUCAUUGCCUACUUUGAUCCCACCACUCAAUUAUUAGUACGUGAUUCUACUAAAAUUGCUAAAAGGUACCUAUCGACAUGGUUUAUAAUGGACGUUGCGUCGACCCUACCUUUGGAGACGUUAGCUUACUUGAUUUCAGGCAAACGACACACUUCCGUCUCUUACUCUGUCCUUGGAAUGCUUAGGUUUUGGCGUCUCCGUCGUGUCAAAACUUUCUUUACCAGGAUUGAGAAGGAUAUAAGAUUUAGCUAUUUUUGGGUCCGAUGUGCCAGACUCUUGUUUGUUACAUUACUACAAGUGCAUUGUGCUGCCUGCGUAGCUUACUUCUUGGCUGACCGAUAUCCGAACGAAGGGAACACAUGGAUCGGGUCGGCCAUACCCAAUUUCAAGGAGACGAGCCUUUUGAUCCGCUACAUCUCGGCCCUCUACUGGUCGGUCACCACAAUGACGACGGUCGGAUAUGGCGAUAUACACGCAGUCAACACUUUAGAGAUGGUCUUCAUAAUCUUCUACAUGCUCUUCAAUCUCGGCCUUACCGCGUACAUCAUAGGCAACAUGACCAAUUUGGUCGUCGAGGGCACCCGUAGGACAAUGGAGUUCAGAAACAGCAUUGAAGCUGCAUCGAGCUUCGUGUCGCGUAAUCGUCUGCCUCCAAGACUGAGAGAGCAAAUACUGGCUUAUAUGUGUCUUAGAUUCAAAGCCGAGAGCUUAAACCAGCAGCAGCUUAUCGAGCACCUGCCCAAAACAAUAUGCAAAAGCAUACAGCACCACUUGUUUUUACCCACUGUAAAGAAAGUUUACCUCUUUAAGGAUGUCUCAAUGGAAAUUCUCCUUCUCCUGGUGGCGGAUAUGAAGGCAGAGUAUAUUCCCCCGAGAGAGGAUGUGAUAAUACAGAACGAGUCUCCGGACGAUAUAUACAUUAUAGUAUCGGGAGAAGUUGAGAUGAUCGAGUGUGAGAUGGAGCGAGAGAAAGUGGUGUGGGGUUUCAAGUUGGGGGAUGUGUUUGGGGAGGUUGGGGCAUUUUGCUCGACUCCUCAAAGCUACACGUACCGGACAAAGACGCUUUCCCAGCUUCUCAGGCUGAAAACGAGCUCCCUCAUUGAGGCAAUGAAGACGAGACAGGAAGAUAACGUCACCAUGCUCAAGAACUUCCUUAAGCAUCACAAAAAGCUCAAGGAUUUACAGCUCCGGGACUUAUUUUUCGAUGGCGGAGAAGAAGACGGUGAUCCAAACAUGUCCAUCAACUUGAUGACUGUUGCGGCCACUGGAAAUUCUGCUUUUCUUAACGAGCUUCUCAAGGCAGGGCUCGACCCUGAUGUUGGAGAUUCCGAGGGAAAAACUCCUUUGCAUAUAGCAGCAUCGAAAGGUCAUGAAGAAUGCGUAGUCGUCCUCCUCAAGCACGCCUGCAGCUUAAACCUCCGAGAUAAAAACGGCAACACGGCCCUAUGGGAAGCCAUCUCGUCAAAGCACCACUCGACAUUCAGACUCCUCUACCACUGGGCCUCGAUUUCCGACCCUCACGUGGCCGGUGACCUACUCUGCACGGCCGCCGCUAAAAACGACCUCCAAACAAUGCAGGACAUCCUCAAGCACGGCCUCCACAUCGACUCUAAAAAUCGCCACGGCCUCACCGCCGCCCAGGUGGCGGUCCAUAAGGGCCACCUGGACAUGUUUCGGUUCCUCAUCAUGAAUGGGUCCGAGGUUAACGAGGUUGUCAGAGACAGGAUAUGCCCGGCUGACCUGGAACAGAUGCUGCGCGAACGAGAGAUCGGUCACCGUGUAGUCGUGCCGGACGAGCAGAGCCCGAAAGUUUGUGGUGAAAACGAGGCGAGGGCAAAAGCGGAAACUGCCAGAGGUUUUGGUUUUCCGAGGGUCAGCGUGUACAGAGGCCACCCGGCAGGCCGAAAGGAACGAGGCGAGCCCGGAUGGUUGGUUAGGGUCCCGAGUUCGCUGGCGGAGCUCAAGAGCAUUGCUGGUCAGAAGUUCGGAUUUGAUGGGGCGAGUGCAUUGCUGACAAACGAAGAAGGGGCAGAAAUCGACUCCAUUGAAGUCAUCAGAGAUAAUGACAAGCUGUUUAUAAUUGAGAAUAAUCAAGAUUCUGGCAUGUCAUGCAAAUAA